AUGGCUGACCAACUGACUGAAGAGUGGAUUGCAGAAUUCAAAGAAGCUUUUUCACUAUUUGACAAGGAUGGUGAUGGAGCUAUAACAACAAAGGAGCUGGGAAGUGUAAUGAGGUCUCUGGUGCAAAAUCCCACAGAAGCAGAGUUGCAGGACAUGAUUAAUGAAGUAGGUGUGGAUGGUAAUAGUACAAUUGGCUUCCCUGAAUUUGUGACAAUGAUGGAAAGUAAAAAGAAAGACACACACAGUGAGGAAGAAAUUAGAGAAGCAUUCUGUGUAUUUGAUAAGGAUGGAAAUGGUUAUAUUAGUGCAGCAGAGCUUCGCCAUGUGAGGACAAUCCUUGGAGAAAAGUUAACAGAUGCCGAGGUUGGUGGAGUGAUCAGGGAAGCAGAUACUGAUGGUGAUGGUCAAGGAAACUAUGAAGAGUUUGUACAAAUGAUGACAGCAAAGUGA